CUGCAACAAACACAUCCAACACUUAUAAAUGUGUAACAACUAAAAAAUUUCAUGAUAGACAGCGGCUUGGCUGUGUCCCUGGUCUUGCUGACGUCCACGGGCCGCGGUGACUACUUACCAUCAAAUAAUUCGUUAACUAGUCUGCCUAGAGAGGUAUAAAAAAUAACUAAAAACGACUACAAAUACCUAUAUCCCCGAAAGGGUAAACAGAAGUGCAACUUAUUGCACCCAUUUCUAAAUAUAUAAUGUAUUCCGUUCUCAGUAUUAUCAUAUGGGGCAACUCUAUGAUAUUGAAUAUAAAUAUUAUACAUAUUACACAUAAUAUAUUAUCCCAACUACUAAUGACCAAACUAGCUUUCAAUCGAAGCGACCUUAUUGGUAAAAAAAAUAAUAAUGCAUAUUGCACCAUUAUUAUAAUUCUCUUUGGCAUUAUUCGCCAACAAGUCAAUGUCAAGGUGACAUAGCGCGGGGAGUUAGUUAGUGAUCGAAUCAUGGUGUUUGGGAAUCGUCUGUGAUGCUGUGCGCGGUGAUACUAGCGUUGCUGCUGUCGGGGGGGAACGGGCACGAGCGCUCCGGCAGCCGGUACGGGUUUUACCGGCAGAUGGGUGGCGGCACGGGCGGGGUGGCCGGCGCGGGAGGCACACGGCGCGUGUUCGGCGGCGCCGCGGCCGAUCUCGGCGAGUUCCCCGCCGCGUGCGUGCUGUUGGACCGGUACUGGGCGGCGCGCUGCUCGGGCGCGGUGGUGUCGCCGCGUUGGGCGCUCACCGCCGCGCACUGCGUGUCGCCGCGCGUCGCCUACGUCAAGUACAACGCGCGUCGUCCCGCUGCGCCCGACGGAGACGUCGCGCCAGUCCUCUAUUUGUAUAGACAUCCCGGUUACAGAGUGGUGCAGGAGGACGAGGGGCGCGGUAUGGAUGUGACGGUACUGCAUCACGAUGUAGGGCUCGUGCGCACGCGCCACGACAUGAAACUUAACGCUGCGCCUCCGCGUGACCCACUUGUCGUCAUGAGGGAGUACAAUCCGGUGGAUCUACACGACAAGGAAGUGCAAGUGUUCGGGUUCGGGCGCACGGAGGGCUCGGCGCUGGGCGAGGAACUGUUCGCGGUGAAGCUGCGGUUGGUACCGUGCGAGCGUGGCUCUUGGUUCCACUGCGUGUGCGGCGUGUCGCGGAGCGCGGGGUCGGGGGCGGCGGCGGGCGUGUGCUCCGGCGACUCGGGCGGGCCGGUGGUGUGGCGCGGCGCGCAGGUGGGCGUGACGUCGAUGGGCCCGCUGGAAUGCGCCGUCCGUGCCGCGCCCGCGCCCUCCGCGGCCAGCGUCUUCACCGCGCUCUACAGCUACGCGGCGCUCGUCAACGCCACCAUACACGACACCGAUGCGGAGCUGCAAAUGCGCAUGAUUUCACUUGCGCGCGCCCUCUGUCCACACAAAGCGUUCCUGCUGCUGCAACUAGUAGUCGCGGUGGGCCUUCGCAGCUACGAUCUCCCGUCAGGCGUGUGUCUUAUAUUAUAAUAAACUGCUUGUUGUCCAA